AUGGAGAAGAAAAUUUUGAGCAAGGCCACUUCUGAGAAUGAUGAACCCACUCCUGGAUGGAUGUACCAUCAUAUUGCUUCUACAACAAAGAAAUCUCCACAGGCAUGUGAGGAAACAGCAACUUGGCUCAUGAAGAGACUCACACAUAAAAACGUACAAGUGAAGAAGAAGGUUCUUCUCAUCAUAAAAAGCGUAGCACAAUACGGAGAUCCUGAAUUUGCACGAAUCAUCGUAAAGAGAAGUGAGGAAAUUAAACAAUAUGCUAAUUUCAGAGGAGAGAAAGAUCCUUUGCAUGGGAUGCUAUAA